CUCUCACCAUUCCUUCAUAUAUUCUCCUCAACUUUCUUCAUUCUCACUUUUUUCCACCAUUCAAUUUAUUACAUUCCCACCUAUUUUUGUUUUUCUCAAAUGAUUAAUUAAUACAAAUUAAAUACACCCUUUGAUUCAUUUUAUCAAAUGUAUAAUAUUAAUAUAUAACAUGAGAACUAUAAUAUAAACACAAAAGUUCACCCCUCAAAAAAUAUAUGUAACACGAUAAGUUAGUGCCUUUUGGUGUCGAACAAUAUGAACAAAAGAGCGCGGAUUGGGUGUAAAAUGGUGAGUUUCAUCGUAGCUGUUUUGGGUUCGGCAUGUAUCUUGUACUUCAUCAUCCACCAUUCAGUAGAAUCACCAAAGCAUCAGAUGGUGGAUGUUUACUUUAACACAACAGCUGAGAUUGGUGAAACUGAUGAUGAUUACAUAUGUGCCACACUAGAUUGGUGGCCAUCUGAUAAGUGUGACUAUGAUUCUUGUAGUUGGGGCAUGGCGUCUCUUCUUAAUCUGGAUCUGAACAACAUAAUCCUGUCAAAUGCAGUCAAAGCAUUUUCUCCCCUGAAAAUCAGAAUGGGUGGAACACUUCAAGAUAAGCUAAUCUACCAAACAAAUCAGCAAAAACCUUGUACCCCAUUUGUCAGUAACAGCUCUCAACUUCUUGGAUUCUCACAAGGCUGUUUGUCCAUGGCGCGAUGGGAUCGCCUCAACAGCUUCUUCAAAGAAACAGGGGCAGUGGUUACUUUCGGGUUGAAUGCACUAGCUGGAAGAACAAUGAACUCGGAUGGCUCAGCAGUAGGAGCUUGGGAUCCCAGCAAUGCUGAAUCCCUUUUGAGAUAUACAAUCAACAAAGGAUACAAUAUCUAUGGAUGGGAGCUUGGAAAUGAGCUCAGUGGAAAUGGAAUUGGUGCAAAGGUAACAGCUCAGCAAUACGCUUCUGAUGUGAAAACCCUGCAAAAUCUGUUGGAAAAGCUGUACGAAGGUUCUAACACAAAACCUAUAGUGCUUGGCCCGGGAGGGUUUUUUGAUGCUACAUGGUUCGAGGAUUUUAUUCGCAAAACAACCAAGUCUCUCCAAGCAAUCACACAUCAUGUUUAUAAUAUUGGUGCAGGUGAUGAUGAUAGCCUUGUGGAUAAAAUAUUAAAUCCAUCCAUCCUUAACAAAGAAGCAAGCAUAUUCAGAAGCCUUCAGCAGGACAUAAGGAAUUCAGGAACUUCAGCUGUUGCUUGGGUUGGCGAGGCAGGUGGUGCUUAUAACAGUGGCCGCAAUCAUGUAACAAAUGCUUUUGUAAUGAGCUUCUGGUACUUAGAUCAGCUAGGAAUGGCAGCAACCUAUGGUACCAAAACUUAUUGCAGACAAACUUUGAUCGGCGGAAAUUAUGGGCUUCUCGACACAUCUAGUUUUGUCCCAAAUCCUGAUUAUUACAGCGCUCUUCUUUGGAAUCGUUUGAUGGGAAAACAAGUUUUAUCCACAAGCAUUUCCGGGACGAAUAAUUUACGAGCCUACACCCAUUGCUCGAAGCAAUCUCAAGGAAUCACAUUGCUAUUAAUCAACCUUGACGCUUUGAUGACCCUCCAAGUCAACAUUUCAACAGAAACAGACAGCAUAUUAGCUGCAGACAAAAGCCCAUUUGCUAGGAAAUCCAAGUUUGAACAAAUGCCAAUAAUCAGUCAGAAUACAAGAGAAGAGUACCACCUGACAGCUCCAAAUAGGGAUUUGAUCAGCAAGAAAGUGCUUCUAAAUGGGAGAAUUUUGACUGUUGAUUCUUCCGGUGGCAUCCCACCAAUGAAACCUGCAGUUGUACAUUUAAGUGAUCCAAUAUCUGUUGCUCCUCUCUCAAUUGUGUUCGUACAUAUUCCGAGCAUUGUUUCAUAUACUUGUAAAUAGAAAUGGAUACAUAAUAACAUAGUUUAGAGAUAGAAAAUACGACACAAGUGUAAAAAAACUCCAACCAAUUCAAAUAUCAAAGUGAAUUUUCCCCCUCUUAAAACUGUUUCUGUUUCCUCAACUUUAAUGGCACAUAUUCUCAGCCUGGCUUCAACAUUAAAGAAUCGCAAUAAGGGUGUCACAGACACAGCAGUAAAAUGGUAAAAAUGAUGGUUGCUUUAUUCACUCAAAUACACACCAUAAGCUCUUGAAAAUCCAUAAUGUAGGGGGAAAAAAUAUAAUCAUCGUCACAAUAGUGCUAAUUUCCACAUCCUAUGAUUAUCCCCAGGUCUCCUCACAAGAAGACUGAUUUGAUCAUAAAGCGGAUUUCCCAAUAUUCUGAAUCCUUUGUCUCCUUGGAUAGUAAUUGUUGAUCAACUAAUAUGGUAUAAAAAAAUCACGUUAUACAUUGACUCAAUUAGCCAUAACUGGCUCUUGCUGUAGUGCAGUAGGAACCACAGGUCUCCAGGUCGUCCCUUCUGGGCUGUCCAUCAGAGCAAUUCCCACAGCAGCCAACUCUUUCCUAAUUGCAUCAGACUUCUCAUAUUCUUUGUUCUUCCUUGCCAUGUCUCUCUCUUCAAUCUUUUGCUGAACU